UAACACCCGUGACCGUAAACGAGAUCCAACUGCUUGGACAUCAGUGAACCCGUCAAGUUUAACGAGUUUAAAGCGAUAUUUAUUGUUGUGAAAAGUUGCGCUGAAACCUGACAACAUGAUAUGAGCAUCGCUGGUCUGGACCAAAAUAAGAAUAAAAUGGGAUGUCUUGGUUUGAUAACAGCAUGUAAAGGCACGGCGCUUCUGUUUUGUGUCAUUCUUCAGGUUCUAAUUGCGGAGAACUCAACAAUUGACACCACCACAUCGCCCCCUGUAACCACAAGCGCUUUAUCAAAUGAAUCUCAAACAUCAAGUGCUACAACACUUGGCACCACCACAGCGCCCCCUGUCACGAGCACUUCUUCUCCAACAUCAACUGCUACAACAGUUGAAAGUACCACAGCGCACUCUGUCAAUACAAGCCCUUCUCCAACCGAGACUCCAACAUCAACUGCUACAACUAUUGAAAGUACCACAGCGCCCCCUGACACAAGCACUUCUUUACCAACAUCAACAGCUACAACAAUUGGCACCACUACAGCAACCCCUGUCAUUACAAGCGCCUCUUCAGCAUCUCAAACAUCAACUGCUACAACAGUUGAAAGUACCACAGCUCAAAUGUCAACUUCUGCAACACUUGGCACCACCACAGCAACCCCUGUCAUUACAAGCGCCUCUUCAGCAUCUCAAUCAUCAACUGCUACAACAGUUGAAAGUACCACAGCUCAAAUGUCAACUUCUGCAACACUUGGCACCACUACAGCAACCCCUGUCAUUACAAGCGCCUCUUCAGCAUCUCAAACAUCAACUGCUACAAUUGAAAGUACCACAGCUCAAAUGUCAACUUCUGCAACACUUGGCACCACCACAGCAACCCCUGUCAUUACAAGCGCCUCUUCAGCAUCUCAAACAUCAACUGCUACAACAGUUGAAAGUACCACAGCUCAAAUGUCAACUUCUGCAACAAUUGGCACCACUACAGCAACCCCUGUCAUUACAAGCGCCUCUUCAGCAUCUCAAACAUCAACUGCUACAACAGUUGAAAGUACCACAGCUCAAAUGUCAACUUCUGCAACACUUGGCACCACCACAGCAACCCCUGUCAUUACAAGCGCCUCUUCAGCAUCUCAAACAUCAACUGCUACAACAGUUGAAAGUACCACAGCUCAAAUGUCAACUUCUGCAACAAUUGCCACCACCACAGCAACCCCUGUCAUUACAAGCGCCUCUUCAGCAUCUCAAUCAUCAACUGCUACAACAGUUGAAAGUACCACAGCUCAAAUAUCAACUUCUGCAACACUUGGCACCACCACAGCAACCCCUGUCAUUACAAGCGCCUCUUCAGCAUCUCAAUCAUCAACUGCUACAACAGUUGAAAGUACCACAGCUCAAAUAUCAACUUCUGCAACACUUGGCACCACCACAGCAACCCCUGUCAUUACAAGCGCCUCUUCAGCAUCUCAAACAUCAACUGCUACAACAAUUGGCACCACCACAGCAACCCCUGUCAUUACAAGCGCCUCUUCAGCAUCUCAAUCAUCAACUGCUACAACAGUUGAAAGUACCACAGCUCAAAUGUCAACUUCUGCAACACUUGGCACCACCACAGCAACCCCUGUCAUUACAAGCGCCUCUUCAGCAUCUCAAUCAUCAACUGCUACAACAGUUGAAAGUACCACAGCUCAAAUAUCAACUUCUGCAACAAUUGGUACCACUACAGCAACCCCUGUCAUUACAAGCGCCUCUUCAGCAUCUCAAACAUCAACUGCUACAACAGUUGAAAGUACCACAGCUCAAAUAUCAACUUCUGCAACACUUGGCACCACCACAGCAACCCCUGUCAUUACAAGCGCCUCUUCAGCAUCUCAAUCAUCAACUGCUACAACAGUUGAAAGUACCACAGCUCAAAUAUCAACUUCUGCAACACUUGGCACCACCACAGCAACCCCUGUCAUUACAAGCGCCUCUUCAGCAUCUCAAUCAUCAACUGCUACAACAGUUGAAAGUACCACAGCUCAAAUAUCAACUUCUGCAACAGUUGUAAGUACCACAGCGCCCACUGGUGAUACAAGCACUUCAACUCAGUCUUCAACAUCAACUGCUACAACAGUUGAAAGAACAACAGUGCCCACUAUUGGUUCAAGUACUUUACCAGCAUCAACUGUUACACCACUUGACACAAGCAGAGCUCCCCCUGUCACAAGCACUUCUUCGACUGCUACAAUUGUAAGUACAGUACCCACUGCUGAUACAAGCACUUCAGCUCAGUCUUCAACAUCAACUGCAACAACAGUUGAAAUUACCACAGCGCAUACAAGCACUUCUUUACCAACAUCAACAGCUACAACACAUGGCACCACCACAAUUCCUCAUACAAGCAAUUCUUUACCUCCUACAAUUCCUCAUACAAGCAAUUCUUUACCUCCUACAAUUACUCCUACAAGCACUUCUUUACCUCCUACAACACUUGGCAACACCACAGUGCCCCCUGUCAAUACAAGCACUUAUUCACCAACACCCACAAAGCCUCCUGACUCUGGGAUGAUUGUUGGCAUUACUCUGGGUUUGUUCUGUUUCAUCAUAAUCAUAAUUCUUAUUUUAUUCAUCUACAAAAGGAGGCGAACAAAACCCGUUGAAUAUCCUACAGAUAUUCCAAUCGAUAACAUUAGGUAUCUUUGUAACUUUGUCUUAAAAUAUAAAGAUUCAAAGUUGAAUAUUUGAUAACACUAACUUAAUUCAAUGUUCUCUUUCUCUUCCAGAGGCAAAAUUAGUACUGCUUUAAGAUUGGAAGAUUUUGAAGAGUAUUAUAGGAGGAAACAUGCAGACUCCAAC